AUGCUUCGUACUUCGGCUAUUCUGUCCUCUUUGCUUUGUGCUGGCUCUGUGUUCGCACAGAAUGGAACCACUCUUUCGACGUUGGGAACACCCAUAGGAGCACCCGUAACCGGUGACUACAGUGGUGCACUGAGACCGCAAGUACAUUUCUCGCCGCCUAAGGGCUUCAUGAACGAUCCCAAUGGCCUGUUUGUCGACGCUGAUGGCCUUUACCAUAUCUACUACCAAUACAACCCGACAGGCCUCGUCGCUGGCAAUCAAUCAUGGGGUCACGCUACAACCACCGACGGCUAUACCUUCGAGAAUCAGCCCGUUGCUCUCUUCCCUCCAAACAACGAGACUUUCGUGUUCAGCGGCUCCGCAGUGGUCGAUGUGAACAACACUAGUGGCUACUUCCCUGGUCAAGACAAUGGUGUAGUUGCCAUCUACACUCUGAACAACAGCACUUCGCAGAACCAGAACAUCGCUUUCUCCAAAGAUGGUGGUUACUCAUUCGAGCCUUUCGAGGGCAAUCCGGUCAUUGAUAUUGGCUCGACUCAAUUCCGUGAUCCUCAGGUCUUCUGGCAUGCUCAGACUGAGUCAUGGGUUAUGGUCACCGUCUAUGCCGCAGAAUUCGCUGUCGGCAUCUACACCUCACCCAACCUCAAGAACUGGACGCACGCUUCCAACUUCUCUAACCAUGGCCUUCUCGGCACUCAAUACGAAUGCCCCAACUUGGUCGAGAUGCCCGUUGAAGGCUCAGAUGAGACCAUGUGGCUCAUGUUCAUUUCCAUCAACCCUGGCGCUCCCCUCGGCGGCUCUAUCUCCCAAUACUUCCCCGGUUCCUUCAACGGUACUCACUUCGAGGCUGUCGACCCCGUCGCUCGCAUCUCCGAUUUCGCCAAGGACAACUACGCCGGUCAAUUCUUCUCCGGUAUCCCUGGUACUGAGAAGCGUUUGAGUAUCGAUUGGGCCAGCAACUGGCAAUACACCAAUGUUGUCCCCACCGGCAACGAAGGCUGGCGCAGCGCAAUGACCGUCUUCCGCCAAAACCAUCUCAAGAAGCUUCCUGGAGUUGGUUGGGAUCUCGUCAGCACUCCCUUCAAUAUCAGCUCUCAGUUCUCACAAGUCCUCGCUUCCAACUCUUCAUUGGGUAACAGCAGUAUCUUGCUCGAUUACUCUAACGUGCCUUCUGGCGCACUUUACUUUGAAGCAAACGUUACCGGUUUGACUCCUAGCACAUUGGCCGGAUCUCUCAACUUCACCUUCACCUCAUCCAUCAGCGGCGAGAAUGUCCAAGGUGGCACCAUCCCCGGCGGUGCCACAUGGGUAUCACGCAGAAACGCAGGCUGGGGUUCCGAGAACCCCUACUUCACCGAUAAAUUCUCCUCCAACGGCGUCUACAGCGGUAGCGACAAUGGCACUUGGACAUUAAGUGGUGUUCUCGACCGCACUAUUCUCGAAUUGUUCGUCAAUGGAGGAGAGCAGAGUGCUACUCUUGUCUUCUUCCCCGAGUACCCGUUGGACACGCUUAGAAUCGGGGCUGCAGAUAUUCCAGAGGGAGCUGGUGUCAGUGUGGCUGUUUGGGGAUUGAGAGAUGCUUGGUCUGGUCAGGCCAACUCUGAUGGCCUGGUUUUGGGAAAUACUACUGCUUCAGCUUGAAUGCUGUUACAUGACGC